UCCGGUAGUGAUCUCUGGGAGGGGCGGGGCAGCUGGUGUCGCUGGACUCUGGGCCCCUAGUGAUCUCGCACCCGGGCGGCAGCCGCGCCGACGCGAUGCUGGGCAGAGGGGACUCGGCGAUGGGGAAGGCCGAGGGGGAAGAGGCCGUGGAGGCGCCGGGUCCCCCCCCAGAGCCCCGCGCCCCGGUGCCCGGGGCCCCCGUGCCCGAGCCGGGCCUGGACCUGAGUCUGAGCCCGAGCCCGCAGCCCGAGAGCCCCGAGCGGCCGAGCAGCGGCGCGUCCCGGCGGAAGGGGCGGGCGGACCGGCGCGGCGGGGCCCGCAAGGGGCGGCAGGUCCGCUUCCGCCUGGCGCCGCCGUCCCCCGGCCGCCCGGAGCCCUCGCCGGCCGCCCCCGGCCCGACCGAGCCCCCCGCGGCCCUGGCGGUGCCGGCGCAGCGGAGCAGCCUGGCGCUGGGCCUCGAGCUGCAGGCCGCGCGGGCCGCCGCCGCCGGGGGCCAGUUCGACGCCGCCCGGGCCGUGCAGGAGCAGCUGAGGAAGUCGUUCCAGACCCGCUGCGGUCUGGAGGACAGCGUGGCCGAGGGGCUGAACGUGCCGCGCUCGCGGCGGCUCUUCCGCGACCUGGUGAGCCUGCAGGUGCCCCAGGAGGAGGUGCUGAGCGCCGCGCUCCGGGACAAAUUGGCGCUGCUCCCGCCGCAGGCCCGCCCCCCGCCCCCGAAGGAGCCUCCCGGGCCGGGGCCAGAAAUGACCAUGCUGUGCGACCCGGAGACGCUGUUGUACGAGUCUCCGCACCUGGCCCUGGACGGGCUGCCCCCGCUGCGGCUCCAGCUCCGGCCGCGCCCCUCGGAGGACACUUUCCUCAUGCAUCGGAUACUGAGGCGGUGGGAAGCGUAGGCCUCAUGCUCUCUCUUUCGUGUUUUUGUAUAUUAAAGCGACUUAUUUUUCAAAAUAAAGUACUU